AAACUACAGGUUCCCAGCAUGCCGCCGCGGCGCCUUUGACGUCAUCGGCGAGCGGCCCUCUUUGAGAAUCCGCGCGGCUGUCUUUUUGUCGUCGUUUUCAUUGCAAACAUUUUCUUUUAAGUAUAUUUAUAAUUAAAUUACACACUACUGUAGAUAAAAGGAUAUCAAAUCACCGAAGACUGCAACUAUGGGACCAAACGAGUUUGAUCCACAGCGUUCACUUCAAGUUUUACACAUGACUGUUUUCUCUCAGAGUUUUUCGCCCUGUGGAAAAUUCCUCGCCGCGGGAAACAACUACGGAGAAAUCGGAGUGUUCAGUCUGUCUGCAGCUUUGGGUCCUGAAGCCACAGAAGACAGCAAGACUCCAAUUGUAACAUUUAAAGCUCACGAUGGUCCAGUCUACAGCCUGCUCUCCACAGACUCCCAGUUACUGAGUGCUGGGAAUGGAGAGGUGAGAGCCUGGAACUGGGCUGAACUGGUUGAAGAAGGUGAUAAAGCAGUGUGGAGUCGCAAACCACAAUACAAGACCAGUCUAGAGGUUCCUGAGAUCAACGCCAUGAUCAUCAACACGAAGGAUAACUCGUUGCUGAUGGCUGGGGGCGACAAUAAGAUCCACGUCAUGGAUCUGGAGUCCGGCGACUUCAAGAUGGUGUUGGAAGGGCAUUCUGAUUAUAUCCACUGUCUGGCUCUGCGUGACUCUGCUGGCGAGUGUCUGUCGGGGAGUGAGGAUGGAGCCGUCCGCAUCUGGGAUUUCCGAACAGGCCGCCAAGUCCAUUCGAUCGAAGUUUUUAAAUACCAGGAAUGCUCCAGGCCUCAGUAUGGAAAAUACAUAAGCUGCCUGACGACGGAUUCUGAUUGGAUGCUGUGUGGGGGGGGCCCCUCCCUCUCGCUCUGGCACCUCCGCUCCGUCACCCCGACCACAGUGUAUCCCGUCCCGGGCUGCCAGAGAGAGGCCUGCUUCCACCAGGACCUGGUGCUGUCGGUGGGGGACGGCCCCUUCGUGUCUCACUGCCACCUCAGCGGAGACGUGAAGGCGAGGAUCCCCUGCACCCCCCCGAGUCUGUACAGCAUGAGACUGAACUACAGCUCCCAGGAGCACCGGGUCCUGUCUGUGGCGGGGAGCAGCGGCAAAAUUGAUAUCUUCACCAACUUUGGGUACCGAGCAUUCUCCUUGACUUUCACCUGAGCUGGGACUGCGAGUUGCAAAAUUAAAAAAAAAAAGUGUUUUUUUUGGUUGUUGUUGUUUUAUAAUAAAUGUUUGUCUUGUUUUUCAAA